GGUAUUCCGAAUAUGACCUUCAAACCCAAUAUGGCUGCGCCCAUUGUUGUUUAGUAAUAUUUUAUAUAAGUUUGAAAUUAAAUAAAAAUGUAGCCCAAACUGACAUUCUCUUUCAUUAGCUAUGGGGUUUCCACUAGGGGUUUUGAAAUGUCACCAAAACUUACCUCUGAUAACACUACGGUGGUACAGCAGAACUGUCGCCAAACCGUCGUGGAAACCUAAAGUUAAACAUGUUUGGCGAGUGCAUUCUUAUUCAACAAAACCAAAGGUUGCAGCAACAGUUUGUGAAACAAACAUUGAACAAAAACCAAGGAAACCAGUUCAAUCUGAGACAAAAGUUAUCCAAAUUAAAGUGCCAACAGAUCUAUCUAAGUACCUAGAUAAUGACAAACUACAUUUACUCCAGAAAAAGGCAGCUGUUAAAAAUCAAUCUACCUCAGAUGAGACUGAAGGGAAACAUGAUUUUACUACUGAAAGUGACGACCUUACUCUUUUUAUUAAAAACAGUAGAGUUCAGUUGAAUGUCAACAAUGCAAGACAAAUGAAAGAAGUUGAGGUAAAGCUCCCAGAACAAAACAAGUCAUUACAAAUUAACUUUGAUUAUGAUGAUGGUAUGAAAAUAGAUGACACCAAUCCAUCUCAGAAAAUAGAGUCAAUGACAGAGUAUACAUGGAAGGAAGUUAAACUGGAUUACUCUAAGCUACCUGAGUACUACAUGAAGCUUUCCAAAAUAAGAUUGACAGGCUUGGUAGUAAUUACAACAAUGGCAGGGUAUGCUGUAGCUCCAGACCCAUUCAUCCUGAGUACAUUUCUUCUAUGUACUGUUGGUACAGCCCUUACUUCAUGUUCCGCUAAUGCAAUGAAUCAGUACUUUGAAAUUCCAUUUGACUCCCAGAUGAAUAGAACAAAGAACCGGGUUUUAGUCCGAGGACACCUGAGUUCAUUGCAUGCAGUAACAUUUGCUGUGAUAACUGGGUCUACAGGACUUGCAAUUCUGUCCCUAGGUGUAAAUCCUCUCACUGCCACCCUGGGAGCUUUUAACCUUGGAUUGUACACAUUAGUUUAUACACCAAUGAAAAGAUACAGCAUAUUAAACACAUGGGUUGGUUCCAUUGUUGGUGCUAUACCUCCUAUGAUGGGAUGGACAGCCUGUACAGGAAUGCUGGAACCAGGAGCAUUCCUGUUAGGUGCUAUCCUGUAUGCCUGGCAGUUUCCUCACUUUAAUGCACUUAGCUGGAACCUACGACCAGAUUAUUCCCGUGGUGGAUACAGAAUGGCUAGUGUGGUGAAACCAGAACUGUGUAAACGUGUAGCUCUCAGAUACAGUAUAGGAAUGAUAGGACUGUGUAGUGUGGCACCUCUGGUUGAUCUCACCACAUGGACAUUUGCUGUGGAUUCAUUACCACUCAACAUCUGGCUAACUUACUUAGCCUGGAACUUCUAUAGAAAAGGGGAUAGCAAUUCAUCAAGAAAAUUAUUCCGCUUUACUCUAAUUCAUAUACCAGCAUUGAUGAUUCUUUUGUUAAUUGGGAAGAAAUAUGGACGAGAUGACAAAACUGAUAAAGCAAAAAUAUUACAAUCAAUUAAAAGUUUUAUACCUGUUACAUGAUCACAGCUAAUUAAAUAAGUAGGACUAGUAAAUGUAAAAUAUGUCUUUCUGUUUGUUCUCUGUGAAUUGGUUACAUAGGAAUUAUUUACACCAGGUGGCUCUGUAAUUAAUGUAUGAAGGAAUCUGGUAGUGAGUGAUAAUUGUUAAACAGAAGUCAGGUGCAAAAUUGAUGCUGGGUUAUUUUAUUGCUCCUAAUUAUGUUAUUUAUUUUAAGUGACUGUUAAUAUCAGACAGUAUCAUGUACACUAGAGUUUUCUCUUAAAAUAUACAGAAAAUUCAGUCAAUCCGCUCAAGUGAAAAAAUUACAUUUGAAUGAAAAAUAACAGACAGAUCAAUAUCCUUUUGAAAAGGACAUCGUUAACUGUAAAACUUCUUAUUUAAUUUAUGGACACUUCUGCUUAUACUGUUUUCAUUUUAUUUUAAUUUUAUAAGAUACCUAUGACCAUGUGAUAAAAAAUUAUUAAUGAAUUUUGUAUUUUGUUUGUUUUGCAUAAUUGUUCUCUCUAAUGUUUAACAGAAACAAAAGUUUUAAAUAUUUAUAAUGAACAUUGAAUGUAAACAAUAAAGAUGCAAUGAGUUAAG